AAGAAACUAUGAAAACUAGACGUAGCAACAGACUAAAAAUUCAACAACAGGACGAUGAAGCUGUGCGACAUUAUAUUGAGAAAUUGAUGGAUGAUCAAAACCACUCUGCAGCCCAACCUUAUAUUGAGCAGUUCAUGGAUAAUCGGAACAACUCUGAGGCCCAAUCACAUGAUGGUCAAUCUAAUGAAUUGAAUAGUUCUUCUGGUGGCACUGAGGUUCAACAUAAUGAUGAUUCAGGUAAUUCGGAGGCAAGAAAGGUCCAUGGCCGUACUUUACUGAAAGAUAUUUGGAAACUUCCUGCGGGGAAGACAGUUAAUGUGCCGUUUAAUAGUCGUAACCAAGUUGUUGGGAAAGAGGGUCGAAAUCUUGCUAGCUUUUUAGGAAUUGUUGCAAGGACUCCAGAACUAACACCUCUACACAUUGAUGACUGGAGAAUUUUUGGCAACGAGGAAAAGAAGAAAUUGGUGAAUUUUGUGAGGAAGAAGUUCUCUAUCCCAAAACGCGCAGAAGACUUUGUCUUAAAGUCACUAGGAAAGAAAUGGAAAGAUUACAAGUGCACUUUAAAAGGUGAAUAUAUGGCAAAAUAUAAAACUAAAGAUUCUUUGCUGAAAAAUAGACUAAGUCGCAUACCGAAGGAUCAAUGGAGUGGUCUUGUCUCUUAUUGGUUUUCUGAUAAAGUUAAGAGGCGUACCCAAGCAAAUAGAAACAAUAGGACCAAGCAAAAAAUGUCUCACACAGGAGGAUCCAAAAGUAUUGCUACCUUGAUGGAUGAGAAGGUAAACCGGUGGAAAUUACAAACUAUAAUAUUUUAA